AAAUGCUCAGAGUCUUUUGCCCAGACUAGGGGAAUUGAGAACCAGAAGACAUAGGUUUAAAGGGAGGUGGGAAAGAUUUAAUGGGAACCUGAGGGGUAAUUUUUUUUACACAAAGGGUGGUGGGUGUGUGGAACAAGCUGCCGAAGGAGGUAGUUGAGACAAGUACUAUCGCAACACUUAAGAAACAUUUAGGCAGGUACAUGGACAGGACAGGUUUAGAGGGAUAUGGACCAAAAGCAGGCAGGUGGGACUAGUGUAGAUGGGGCAUGUUGGUCGGUGUGGGCAAGUUGGGCUGAAGGGCCUGUUUCCAUGCUGUGUGACUCUAUGGCUCUAUGACUCUAUGACUUGAGGUUAAAGGUACUUUAUGAUGUCGAGGAGUUGCUGUGAUGUCAGAGAUUUUUCUGUGGUGUCAUAAAGAAAUCAGUGCGCACACUGGGGCCAGCCUGCUUCAGUUUAUUCGCUAAGCAAAGGUCACCACAGUCACUAACAUGGUGUGCAAAGAAGUCUCCUUUGGCUAGACCCUGCUACAUCAUGAAGACCCCUCCCUACAAAAGCUUCGCCAAACUGGAGUGAGAGGUUGAACAGAAGGCUGUCAACACGGACUGUGUGGUGGCAGUUCUGGGGCUGAGAUUGACUGGAAAUCAUGUUUCUAUGCUCUGGGACCACAGCAAGAUGUCUCGGUAUAAUACUCCUCGCGUUAGCCAUUCUCGGUUUCUGCGUGAACGUAUUGCUCUUUUUCCCAAACGGCGACACAAGAUAUGCCACAAAAAACGUUUCUUCCACCGUGUGGUAUCUAGGGGGGAUCAUUGGCUCUGGGAUUUUGAUGAUCUUCCCGGCGUGGGUGUUCCUGGAAUACUGGGACACGAAUGAAUGCACGGACUGUUGUGACUCCUGCCAAUGCCCCUCUCCCUGCUGCCAAGCCUGCGCUAACCAGCAAUGCUCUCCGUGUCUGGCCUGCUCCCCUUGCUUUCCCUGCGACUGUUCCAAGUGCCCAAAAUGCCGGCCCUGUGAAGCCUGCCCUCGCUGCGAAUGCAAACCCUGCCAAAAGUGCCCGCCCUGCAAAUCCUGCGCCGCAUGCGAGUGUCCCCGCUGCCAGGACUGCCAGGUGUGCGCCCCCUGCACUACAUGCGAGUGCCCCACCUGCCGCGCAUGUCCCGAGUGCAAGCCCUGCCAGUCCUGCGACUGCAAGAACGCCUGCGAGUGCCCCCCCUGCAAGCGCUGCUGCCCCUGCACAUGCCCAUGCGCAUGCCCCCAAUGCAAGCCCUGCCCUGAGUGCAAGUGUCAACUCUGCGCCGAGAAUGCACCAUGCGCUUGCUGCCGCAAGUGCUCCUGCAGGGAAUGCUGUCAGAACUUCUGCGGAUGCCUGGGUGCCAUCUGCAUCGUCUGCCAGGACAGUGACUGCACCUGCCCACAAUUCUGCAAAUGCAAGCCAAGCCAAUGCAUCCGGAAAUUUCCGCUUUGCGUCCUAAUUUUCUGUGUGGUUGGAUUGAUUGGAUCUGCAUACGGCUUCAUUGUGUCAUCAGUGGCGUUGGAUACCGGUCCACUGUGCCGCGUAACACAGCUCGGUGAAUGGAGACAUCCCUUCAACAAAGGAAAUUACCUGAAUGAUCCCAACCUGUGGAACAAGUGUAUGGAGCCGGAAAAUGUGAUCCCUUGGCACGUCAGGUUGUUCUCCAUCCUGCUGGUGACCAGUGCUGUUCAGUUCAUUAUAUGUGUCGCGCUGCUCGUCAAUAUUCUGUUUGGAAUGUUCUGCAAACACAGUCAAUGUUUCAAGGGCUAUACUCCCAUGUAACUAAAGGCUGAGGUGCGUUCUAAGCAAAUCAACAAACGUUUUGUAACUUUUUAUUAAAAAAAAGCUGAGAAUGGAUUAACUGAGAUUUCUAUAUUAUGGACACUUGCGAUAUUGAAGAGAUUCAUGCAACGAAGUAUUUUGCCUUUCAAAUUUUUACAAAUCUAUGACAAUAAAUCAUGCAUUUGGCAUUAUCAAAAAAAUAAAAAAAAAACCUGUGCAAAAGUGAAUGUUAGUUGUCAAAUGACUUAACCCCAGGGUAAAGCUUUGUUCAAACCAUAUAACCAUAUAACAACCAUAUAACAAUUACAGCACGGAAACAGGCCAUCUCGGCCCUACAAGUCCAUGCCGAACAAAUUUGUUUCCCCUUAGUCCCACCUGCCUGCACUCGUACCAUAACCCUCCAUUCCCUUCCCAUCCAUAUGCCUAUCCAAUUUAUUUUUAAAUGAUACCAAUGAACCUGCCUCCACCACUUCCACUGGGAGCUCAUUCCACACCGCCACCACUCUCUGCGUAAAGAAGUUCCCCCUCAUAUUACCCCUAAACUUCUGUCCCUUAAUUCUGAAGUCAUGUCCUCUUGUUUGAAUCUUCCCUUUUCUCAAAGGGAAAAGCUUGUCCACAUCAACUCUGUCUAUCCCUCUCAUCAUUUUAAAGACCUCUAUCAGGUCCCCCCUUAACUUUCUGCGCUCCAGAGAAUAAAGACCUAACUUAUUCAACCUAUCUCUGUAACUUAGUUGUUGAAACCCAGGCAACAUUCUAGUAAAUCUCCUCUGUACUCUCUCUAUUUUGUUGACAUCCUUCCUAUAAUUUGGCAACCAAAAUUGUACCCCAUACUCCAGAUUUGGUCUCACCAAUGCCUUGUACAAUUUUAACAUUACAUCCCAGCUUCUAUACUCAAUGCUCUGAUUUAUAAAGGCUAGCAUACCAAAAGCUUUCUUUACCACCCUAUCUAUA